AUGAGGCCGGGGCUGCUGCUGCUAGUUCUGCCACUGGUCCUGGCCGUGGGGUCCCAGCCACAGAGGCAGGACCCCAAGGAGUCCCACACCCUAAACUGGAACAAGUUUUCAGGGUUCUGGUACAUUCUGGCCAUUGCCACUAACACCCAGGGAUUCCUGCCAACCAGAGAAAAAAGGAAGCUGGGGGCGUCUGUAAUGACAUUGAACGGAGUGGGCCGGCUGAAGGUAGUCAUCGCCUUUAGCCGGCCCCGGGGGUGCCAGUCCCAGGAGGUGGUCCUGCGGAAGGACAAGAAGAAGGCCGUGUUCAGGAACCCCCGUGCGGGUGCCAGCGGGCGGCUCCGGGCCUGUUUUCCAGUGCGAGGGGUGAAGGCCUUCCACGUGCUGUCCACCGACUACAGCUCCGGCCUGGUCUACCUCCGCCUGGGGCGGGCCGGCCGCAGCCGCCGGAGCCUGCUGCUCUUCAGCAGGCAGAACGUGUCGACCUUCCAGAGUCUGAGGGAAUUUGUGGACACGUGUGAAACUCUGGAGCUGAGCAAGGACCUCAUCAUUCUCCCCAAAGAUGCUUCCUGUGCACACACCAUUCUGCCCUGAGAGCCAGCGUCCUCGCAGACCCCAGGAGCAUUGUCCCAGAUGCCAGG